AUGAUUGUCAAUCUACUACGCCUAUAUGCGAACGGCACCUUGCUGGAAAAUGACAUCCACUUCCCUGCCCCUCCAAAUAACUUCAAUCCUGCUCCAUCUGUCUUACGGAUGAACGUUUUAUGGUUCCUAAGCAUGACGUUGGCGUUAAGCGUUGUUCUAGUGGGAACCAUAUGCCUCCAGUGGAUUCGCGAAUUCCAGCGAGAUCCUAGGGUGAAUUCGCAAAGGGCAUUCGCGAUUCGACAAAUGCGCAGGGACGGGCUCUACAAAUGGAAAGUCCCAUCAAUCAUAUCCAGCCUUCCCAUUCUCCUUCAGCUUUCCCUGUUCCUCUUCUUCUGGGGUCUGUUCGAGUUUCUAUGGAGCUUGAACUCCAAAGUUACACUGAUUAACUCGGCUGUGGUUGCUGUCGUUAUCUUCUGUGUCAUGGCUACCUUGUUUCUCCCGGCAUUACAGGUAAUUUUUGCCAGCAGUGACAAGAUCGAAAAGCUGUGUCAAUGUCCUUACAAAUCCCCUCUCGCUUGGACCUUUGCCAAAGCUUUAUUUUGGAUUGCCUUGAAGGUGAUUGACUGCAUUCGAUGGAGCAUACGGAGCGAUUUUCAAGGAAAGAAAAAAAAGCUGCUCACCGAACUCUGCAGCAAAGAUUGCGAGGAUUGGGACUCAUUUGACAAUCAAUGGCAACAUUGCAGAUCACACUCAUACCAACCUCGCUCAGACAUUCACGCAAGCAACGAGAGCUGCGACAUUGGCCAUGGCUUCGCAUGGAUGGGGCAAAAGUAUAUGCAUACGCAGGACACGACAUACACCUUGUAUCAUAUGAUACGCAACGUCCACCGGUCGACCAGUACCACCGCUCUGAAGAGGCUCUUCGACAAUAACGCGUCCUCCUCCUUUUUGGAUUUAGCCUUGUCUGUAACUUCCCCUCAAGACGAGGACCUUUUGCACGACCUGUAUAGCGCGCUACUGUUAAGUCAUGUGGCAACCAGCAGCAAAGACCCGCACCAGCAAGAAGCAUUGAUUUUUCAGCGAACUGAGCUAUUUAUCCGAAUUGCUAAUUUCGGUGCUGCUUCUACCACGCGCAGAAUUCAGAGCUUUCCCGGAGACACGCCUCGAGAAUUUGUUGAACGGUGCAUUGGAGAUAAGGAACUUGGCAUAAACCCAUUCGUCGGGAACCCGGAAUAUUUGACCAAGCUUCCGAUGGUGCUGAUGGUCCAGAUUAUCAUAGCAUUCAGAACCUACCUGACCGAGGGUUUGGAACUGCAUGACGUACUAUGGGAUCUAAGCAAACAAAUUGUGCUUCAUCUUUUGAGCACGCCGGAUCGACCAUCUUUCAAUAUCUCGAUGGAAGAUGAACUUGAUUUCUUCAAUGUGAAUCUCAGUCACCAUUUGAGUCGGAUAAAGUUGGGAUCAAUACAUUUCAGCGGUGCAAAUGGUCAGCGCGACCAGCACGACCGUCAGCGCAUACGGGAGUACGUUCGUGCGUGA